CCACUGGUUCAGGCACUCGCCGCGGGCAGCUCUUUGGGGGUCCUUCACGGCAACCACGGGGCCUAAGGCUAAUGCCGAGGACUACCCAGAGGGGUCCUCGAUUAAGACCACGGGGGCUCAGGCACUCACCGUGGACAGCCCCGUAGGAGGGAGGAGGGGACCCUUUACGACUACCACGGGGCUCAGGCACUCGCUGCGGACAGCCACGACGGGUCCUCGAGGACCCCGGCAUGCACUGCGUGGAGUCAGCUGGGCGGGGGCAGCGCUAGCAGCGGGGGCAGCAGUAGCAGCAGUCGUGGGGGCGGUGCGGGGCAGUCUGGGCAACAAUGUAGACACGUGUCGACAGCAGCUGGGGCAGCAGUCGUGGGAGCAGCAGUCGUGGAAGCAGCAGUCGAGGCAAGGAAGUGGAGGCUCGUAGAGCCGCAGUGGAGGUGCCUGUCGAGGUUGGGGCAGCAGGGGAGCGUAGGGGCAGUGGUGAAGGCAGCGGUUCACGUAGGGGUGUCAAGGGAGCGAUGUUGGGAAGUGGAAGUCGGAGCAGCAGUGGUAGGAAGGGCAGUGCUGUGGUAUAAGCUUUAGUCGAGUGAGGCAGUGGCAGCAGGAACAAAGUAGGUCAGUAGUGGAUGGAGGUGGUUGGCGGAUGUAGCUUUCGCAGCAGGGGCAGCAGCAGGAGUAGGAAGCAGCAUUCGGGGCAGCAGUUGAGGUUGCGGCAAUAGUGCCUGCAGUUGAAGCGGCAUCAGCAGUCGGACGAGACGGGGCGGUGAAGAGACCGUUGUCGAGGCGGUGGCAGCUGUGGAUGCAGCGGUAGCGAUCGUGAAAGCGGUGGCAGCGGAGGCGGCAUUCGGGGCAGCCGGGGCAGCCUUAGCACCCCCAUCCGGGACCAUGCGUCUUGCCGUUCGCUCGUCGUCCUCGCAGCUUUCCAAGUUCGGUUAAGACACCGAGAGGCAUGGCGACGGCGGUGGUGGCAGCGAUGGUGGACACGAUGGACGUCACUAGUGAUCAGCUCGCGACAACAGAGGACAAUGGCCCUGCGGGCCCCGCCGUUCCCGAUGAGGCAGAGGGCCCCGUGCCAGUGCGCACCGUCUGCGGGAACGGCGCCCCUCUCGGCUGCAUCUUUGAGAGUCCUUGCGAAGGCACCGAGGUCAUUGACCACGAGGUGGCCCAGCGGACUUGCCAGCAGGUCCUCAACAGUCUCAAGCACAAGCAGAGCCACCAGAAUAAGGCCUGCGACACCAAGCCCGACGACAGUACGCAGCCCGGCCCUGCCGACGACGAUGCCAGCCACGUGGACGGCGGCUGUAAGCAUGGGGCGGAAGGCCCCAGCGAUGGCGCGUUGCACGCGAAGCGCGAUGCGGCCAGCGGAUGGGACGAGACGACGGAUUCCAGCUCCAGAGCGAAGUCUCCCAGGAGGCAGAGGCCCUCCACGGCGGCCUGCAAGCAGUCGCUUCUGCUGCGCCUCUUCGAGUCGAAGCUCUUCGACGUCUCCAUGGCCAUAUCCUACCUACACAGCUCGAAGGAGCCCGGCGUUCAGGCUUACCUCGGCAAUCGGCUCUUCAGCUUCCCCACGGAGGCCACGGACUUCUACCUGCCGCAGCUGCUCACCAUGUACCUGCACGGCUCGGAGGAGACGGGCGACGCCGUCAAGCCGUACCUGGUGCACCGCUGCCGCCGGAGCCCCGACUUCGCGCUGCGGUGCGCGUGGCUCCUGGGCGCGCUGUCGUUCGACAGGCCGGCCCCGGCACGCCAGCGGCACUCGCGCGGGACCAAGCUGCGGCGACUGAUCCUGGCGGACGAACUCGCGCCGCCGGCGGCGGCCAGCCAGCCGGUGGCGCCGUCCGGCCUCGGAAGGGGCCGGGUGAAGACGGGCGCGGCGCUGCACCCUCCGAGCCCCCCCUAUCCCCCCACCGCGGCCUGCGCAAGCUCGCCCAGCAAGCGCACGCACCAGCGCUCCAAGUCGGACGCGACCGUCAGCAUCAGCCCCCUGGGAGGCCUUCACCGCACUUCGAGCAACCCCAAGGUGGAAGCCCAGCAGGAUGAUUGUGUGGAAGUUUUGUCUCGUUCAGAGGAAGGCUCGCAACAGUGUGAGAUGUCCGAUGACGUGGGUCCCGCGCAGGAAGGCUCUGUAAGUAGGCUACAAACGGCACGCUUGGCUCCGGAGCGGGAGUUCAUCCAGACCCUGAUGGCGAUCGGCAAGCGCCUAGUGUCACUGCCCACCAAGGAGCAGAAGACGCAGCGGCUGAUAGCCGAGCUGUCGCUGCUCAACUUGACGCUGCCGGCGCGAGUGUGGCUCGCGACGGCGUCCUUCCCGCACCACAUCGUGCGCAUCCCGCACACGCAGACCAUCGUGCUCAACUCCAAGGACAAGGCCCCCUACCUCAUCUACGUGGAGGUGCUGGUGUGCGACGACCUCGAGCGGUCGGUGGUGCCGGCGCGAAUCCCGGAGGCGCGGAUCCGCACGGCGCGCUCGGAGGAGUGCCUGCAGGACGAGAGCAGCCCGGCUGUGGCGAGCGAGCUGCGCCUCUGCCCGCUCCCCACGCUGGACCCCGACGAAGAGGCCUGGUCGCAGGACGACAUCGCCGACCUGCAAGUGGAGCCGCCAGAGACGCAGAAGUCCAACAACAGCAGCGACACGAUUUCCCAGUUCUCCCUGGACAGCAUCACCAGCCUGGACAGCAAGACGGAGCCCGUCUACAUCCUGGCUGGCGAUAUCAGGCGGCGCCUUUCGGAGCAGCUCAGCGUUCCAAUCACGCAGUUCCGCAAAGACCCCGAGGACCCCUCGGCUGCAGCCCUCAAGGAGCCAUGGAAGGAGAAAGUGCGCCGCAUCCGGGAGGUGUCCCCUUACGGCCACUUCCCGAACUGGCGCCUCCUCUCGGUGAUCGUGAAGUGUGGCGACGACCUGAGGCAGGAGCUGCUGGCCUACCAGGUCCUCAAGCAGCUGCAGAUGAUUUGGGAGCAGGAGCGCGUACCUCUCUGGCUCAAGCCCUACAAGAUCCUGGUGACCUCGGCAGACAGUGGGAUGAUAGAGCCCAUCGUGAACGCGGUCUCCAUCCACCAGGUGAAGAAACAGUCUCAGCUGUCGCUGCUGGAGUACUUCCUGCAAGAGCAUGGCAGCCGCACCACGGAGGGAUUCCUGACUGCGCAGCGCAACUUCGUGCAGAGCUGCGCCGCCUACUGCCUCGUGUGCUACCUCCUGCAGGUCAAGGACAGACACAACGGCAACAUCCUGUUGGACCUGGAAGGCCACAUCAUCCACAUCGACUUCGGCUUCAUCCUGUCCAACUCGCCGCGCAACCUGGGCUUUGAGGUGUCGGCGUUUAAGCUCACGCAGGAGUUUGUUGACGUGAUGGGGGGGCAGGACAGCGACAUGUUCAUCUACUUCAAGCUGCUGAUGCUGCAAGGGCUGAUAGGGGCCCGCAAGCACAUGGAGAGGGUGGUUCAGAUUGUGGAGAUCAUGCAGCAAGGCUCCCAGCUGCCGUGCUUCCACGGCGCCAGCACCAUCCGGCAGCUCAAGGAGCGCUUCCACAUGAGCCUCACGGAGGAGCAGCUGCAGGCGACCAUCGACCAGAUGGUGGAGGGCAGCAUGCGCUCGCUCACCACACGCCUCUAUGAUGGCUUCCAGUACUUCACCAACGGUAUCAUGUGAAGCCUGUGCUCCGGAAGGGCCGUGCUCCUGCCAUCCCUGCCGCGACGUCGUCAACGACAGCGGCAACGCCGUCGCUACCGCCACUCUUGCCACUACUGCUCGGGUUGGAGCGUGCACACCGCCUGCCGGAGGAGCAUCGGUGUACCCCCCCCCCCCCAGACCAUCGCGCCAUUGUUGGAAAUUCCAGAGGCUCGGGGAAGCGAGACUUGUGGAGGGGUGGGGGGGGGGUCUAUGGCAUGCGGUGGGAUGGAGGGGGGGGGGGACAUGUAAACACUCAAGCACCGCGCUCCACCAAUGGUUUCAAGAAGAGAUCGAACUUUCCCUUCAUGUAAAUGAACUGACUCUAUUCUGAAAUGGUGUGAGGCCCCGUGGCCCAGACGGUAAGGGCUGCGUUGAACUAGCUACCUUUUGUUAACUUGGAUCAGUUUUGGCUGGAGUGCUUUCCUCACAAAAAUAACCACAGUUAUUCCGGUCCAGAGCAAAGAUGGGGGGGACCGUCUAACCCAUCUCGUUUUAGCAGUUCACGCCUCAGGGCCACAACUCCGAUCUCUUCGGGCCCGGUAAAAAAAAAAAUCAUUUUUCUCGUUCGUAUCCGAAGACCAAACUCGGCAAAACGCUGGGCUGAUGAAGCGCAAGGCGAUUGCGGCUCCCCUUUUUUUACGCACGCAGCAUCCACGGAGAGACCUCGCGGGACGAAACGAGGGUGUGUGACCAAGUUGUGAUUCGGGCCCAGAACCGAUUUGCGUUCCUUGUGCGGCGUCAAGUCGAUCGCACCUUCGCCAGCCCGCACCGACCAGCGUGGCGGAGUGUGAUCAUUUAGUGGUUUGAGUGUUUAUAAUGACGUCUUAAUGCUCCCCCCACCGCGUUAACGAGCCUUUUUAUACGAUUUCUUGGACCAUGCAAUAACAUUUUCUGCCUGCUUUUCGGUGAAAAAAAAAACAAUCGUGCAACGUUGAGGAGAACCAUCACUUUUCUGUAGCCGGAGGGGAUGGCGGGGGUUGGGGGGGGGGUAGGGCGCUACUCCCGUUUUGGGCCACAGAUUGCCUUUAUAUAAACUUCGCUUUUUCUACACGAUUAACUCCCCCCCCCCCCAAAAAAAAAAGCUUAAAAAAAAGGUGUAACCGUUUGCUUGUUAAAAUGGCACAAUGUUUUUUAAGGGAACGAAAACGUUGAGUGAAUGUACGGUUACACAAACAAAUGUUGGUGAGCGAUUGGCGGUUGGCACUCUGGGUUUGCAUCACAAGAGAUUACCCCGUCUUAUUUGUGGAAAUGUUUAAACAAAGUUUUGCUGUGACAGAUUCAAAUGGAGAUGGUGACCAAGUAAAUAUUGUUUUUAAAAGCGAAGAUAUUUAACUUAUCAACUUGUAUUUUUAGUCUGGGGGGGAGGGGGGGGGUAGGCCUGUGAGGUAACGUGGAUAGGGAGAGGAUAUUUGUGUAAAAAAAUGUUCAUGUAAAUUACGUGGUUUUUUUGUUCAUUUUUUGCGUGUACAAUUCCGAGCAGAAAACAUUUUGCAAGAUACCGACACACCCUGAAAAUGUGUGGAGUUGUCUUGCACGGGGGGGGUCUGCGUGCUUUCUCAUCUUGUUGCCUUACAUGCUAAUAUAUUCCUAGGCAAGCCCGCCCGUGAUGCCAGCAUGAAUUUUAACCGCAUGACAGUCAAUGCGGCAGGUGACGGAGGCUGCCUUUAAUGCGAUGCACGCGCCGAUUGUUGACGUACUAUUUUUCCGUUUCGUGGCGAAGCUGUGUGAUCUAGAGAAGACGAUUCCCAAUCAGUCGUUGCCACGUUUUGAUCAGCAAACGGCUUCUGGCAGAUCAGAUGCUCGUCUUAACGUGUCGGUUGGGUGUUUCAUGUCGAUGGUUAGCUUCUCAGACAAAGUUGCUCGUUUGUGCAUCCUGCUUGCAUGAUUGACGCCGAUUGCCGCAUGGGCUGGCUAGGGCUUAGAACACCCCCUAACCCCACCGUCCCCCUCCCUGAACACGAAUGGAGCCUUUCUCAGCGCCUUGCUUACUCCUGUGCUGGUUCACACCUUCUGCCUGUUUGGCUGUAAGCACGCGCGCGCGCGCACACACACAGGUGGCGUCGGUACAUCUGUAGGCACGCAAGGGCAGAGAGCAGUUCCUGCAAAGGUUGAUUAAAUUUUCAUCGUCAAUGGAAGUUGUGUUUAUGCAGCCCGCACCGCUCGUGAACUGGGAGUUGUCAAAACAGUCGCUCGGAGCAUCUGCACAAUUGUCAAGCAGCAGAACGUUAAUCAUCCUCUAUGCCGCGUCUGUAACACAAUGCCAAUGCAAUUAAUGAGCAUGAUGCGAGACGUUUCACCGAGGGAUUUGUUACCAAGUUGUUGUUUUGCUGAGUAUUUAUUUGCAGCAUACCACUUGCUGCAAUGGCCGAGUCAAACGAAGGUUCACAGGCACACCAUUGCCCUCUAAAUGCUAUUUUUUUCAGACUUACUGUGUUAGCCAGCAAGUCAAAGGUGCAGCCCUGCAAUCAUUUGCUCUUGCCAGUGCUGGCGAAAGGGCCCAUCUAGAGGGUAUAUUGGCCGACUCUUCCACACCGGCCCUAUGCCUUGCAAGAGGUGGGUUUUACCUACACUUUACCACGACCAGCCAGCCGAUCGCCUAACUGUGGUGUAACCAACGUAUGCUGGUGGGUGGGCAAAGAAGCAGCGGGAGAGAUUUGAGAAACUUGCCCACCAUCGCGUCGACUGCAGCAUCAAAUGUUGUGAAUGUAGGCCGCUAUAUCUUUGGCCGUAACAUGAACGCACGAUUCAAGUUCUUAAUCCCAGUCCCUGCCACUGAACAAAGCCACGCGUAACGCAUCGACCGCACACUUGGUGACUUGUUAACAAGCGAGAUGCUGUAAAUGGCAGAGCUGUGUGCGCCGUAGUAGGCGUGGUUUUUUUUAAGUUUGGGUUUUGUGUGUUUUUGUAAUUGUGACACAACUCGCGUUGCCGCCUCCGUCCGACACGUUGCGACGACUUGGGUGCAGCAGGAACGCGUUUGGUACAACGCCGCCGCUGUGAGAGGCUUGAAGUGGGGGAUUUAUUUAUCUUAGGUUUUUUUUUUGUGUGUUCAUCAAUGCAAUUGUAUUUUAGCGUGAGGACGUUGCUGUUAUUAAUGUAUAGUGUUAAUGAAUUUACCAUAUGUUUCGAACACACCUGCGUGCUGUUUGUACAUAUCCAGGAGGGGGAAGACUUGCGUUCUCCGCAGUGAAGCUAACGGUCGGGUCGUGGAAGCCUGCUUGCCCGAGCGUUUCAUGGUGUUACCUGUACAGUAAUAAGCUCCCUAAAUUUCUGUACGAUGCAUUUUUACAUUCUUCUUUGCGAAUCUUUGUUUUAAUAGGUCUGACCACUACGCAUUUGUUUUUUUUACCGAUGAUGUGUAUGACUGGGAAAUGUGUAUUCUGCAAAUUAAUUGUUGUUUGUGUUUAGUUCUAAAGCUGCCUUUGAGUACACUAAAUACUAUUUUUCCAUCGGUUUGAUUUUUAAAUGAGCAGCCUUUGCUUUUUUUAUGUUUAAUAACUUAUUUUAAUUUUCAGUUUUGUACAAGGGGCAUUCAAGUAAAAAUGAGCCUAACGUAGCCCAGAAUGGUCCAGUCGAUGUGAAGUCAUUCCAGUUUUCUGCUGCUGUAUUCUAAGAACAGAGAGAACCCCUUCAGUAGCAGGCAGAGGUUAAUCAGCCACACCCAACAAUGGAUCAAAUAAAAAUGCUUCCCCCAUAUUGGACGCAGGCUCCCUAAUAUCCAUUUUUACACUAUCACAUCCUAGCCAAGCUUGAGCAGGUCCCCCAAUGGGUAUAUGGGUGGUUUUCCACUGGCUAAUGUCUGUGCCAUUCUGGAACGAAACCAUGAUUCACUGGCCUCAUAAUACAUCUGAAUUGGACUCGGUGCCAAGCAGGGCCAGGAGUCAGGCUAAUGACAUUAAUUCUAGUUCCAUCAGUCCAUUAACACUGAGGACAGCAUCACCAUGUCAUCAAUACGUAUCAGCGGCACGGCUCUUCUGCUGUGGAAAAAAGAACCUGGCGCCCUCCUCUUGAGUCGUUGCGGGGCUGGCUUGGCAUGGCCCCAGUGCGGCUCGGUUGUACAGUGGAAAAGAGGUAUAAGAGCCUCUGUCGAAGAAGCCUAGCUUUGGGGGUGGAAUGUGAUGCCUUGGCAGGAAUGGGUAGCCUCGUGGCAUCGGCAACAGCUGGACUGAGAGGCAUUGCCAUUCAUUAUAAAUUCACGUUGUAACACGAUUUUUGUUCAUGGGUAGUAAGAGUUAUUUUCUAAUUGCUUAUGCCUCAAAAGUAUAGAAAAUGGCUUUUAUUCCCCACAAAUUUUGCCUUUGUGACCAGGACUUUACGUGAAAGAAUGACACAAAUGCACACCUUUUCUCAUUGAAAAUAUGUACAUUUCAAAAUAUCACUGUCCUGGUCACAAAAGCAAAGUUUGUGGUGAAUAAUAGCCAUGUUCUGUACUUUUGAGGCAUAAGCCAUUAGAAAAUAACACUACCCAGGAACAAAAAAAUAUUUGUUUUUGUUACACAAUUAUGCUCACCCCGGCUGCAUUUGAAUGUAUGUGAUAUCAAUACAUCUGUUCGACACAUUUUGGGCUACGAAAUUACCUAUUUGCAUUAAACACACGGCCGCUUAAGCAAUGUUGGGUUUUAUCUGUUGGUUUUUAUUUUAAUAGCAGCAUAGGCAGCUCGUUUUACGUGAUGACUGUCAGAAAAGGUACAUGUCAAUUAUUUAGUUUCAAUCCGAUGCAAUAAACAAGUUGCAUCGUCGGCAUGCAGUGGGCUAUCGCAUAAAAGUUAUCAACGUUGGAUAUUUUUAAAAGGACUCACUUUAGGCUGGCAAAAGCUCAAAUUUGCACUUAUAUCUUUAAACCAUUUCCAACACGUUCAAACAUGCAGACACUGACUCGAGCCAUGCUCAGCAUCAGCUUUAACAAUCUUAGAGACUUUCGGACCUUUAAUCUGGUGCGCGAAAGUCACCAGCAUAGCCGUCCCUAGGGUGACAGUGAAUCGAGGUGACCGCCCCAGGCCCUGCUCUUUGGGGGGGGGGGGGGGGGGGGCACGCUUCGACGUCGCGGUGUCGGAUGUAAUACUUCCGGUUUAGUUUGGAGGGGGGAGGGGGCUCACGAUGUGAUUUACCCCAGGACUCACACCCCUCAAUGGGCGGCCGUGGUCACUCGCUGUCAGCUGCCAGGGCAAUUUUAGGAAAUUCGUUGCGAGCAAUCCUCACCGGCAAUGGUUGCCCGCACCGUUUUCUAUUGUUUUAUUGUAAACAACAAUAAAAAGGAAAUGCCACAAUCUGGAGAAAUCUGAUCGCUCUUUCCCCCGGUGAGCAACUGGAUGUGCCGUAGACUAAAAACUUGAUCAAACACACUUUUAAACAAACUAUGUUUUCAUUGGCUAGACAAAACUCGAUUACUCGUUGCCAUUACUACUGGAAGUUGCCCCAAUCGUGUUUCGUAAAUGUGUUGCCGAUGACGAUUGAUAGCAAUUGCCAUAAAAUCACCCUUUAAGAAAGCGCACGGUUCACAUCGUGGAUUCUGAACAAGAGGCCUUAGCCCUGGGCAGAGGCGAAUAAGGCAGCGUUGGUUAAUGUGGAAGGAUAUACUUUGGCCAAGAGGUUUGGGGGUCCUCAUACAUUCAUCCCUCCGAUUAGCAUGUUUGGCUAUGUACGCUGUGAAAGGAGUUCAACAUACAUACAUACAUUAUGAAGUUACUAAAGGUGUAUAAACCCUUGUUUGGCCAUUGCCCAUUGUCUUGAAACACUGCAGCAGUGAGUGAAGUGGCCAGCACGGAAUUCCGUACUCCGGUGUGGUUUACUGACUCAACCAAUCUUGACAUGCUCUUACCGAACUUGGCAUCAUGGAAAAGCCUACAAAUAUGAAUGUCUGCUCUUCCAUCUCUGCAUUUGUUGCAUACAAUAAAGUACUUGUUCUUAA